GUGACUCUCCGGGCCUGGUAUUUAUUAGUGUGAAGGAGAGGAGGCGGACAGCGGUGACCUUAUCCCCCCGUGUGUGAGACAGCUGCCCCCCGCGACCCGACCAUGGCCCUGCUCAGAGGAAUUUUUAUUGUUUCUGCUAAAAGAACCCCGUUUGGAACCUACGGGGGUCUGCUGAAGGACCACAGCGCCACAGACUUGGGUGAAAUCGCUGCCAAAGCCGCGCUGGCUGCCGGUAACGUGGCUCCUGAUUUAGUGGACAGUGUCAUAUUUGGAAAUGUUGCGCAGACCUCGUCGGAUGCCAUUUAUCUGGCCAGACACGUCGGGCUUCGCGUCGGAGUUCCCAUUCCCGUCCCGGCUCUCACCGUCAACCGGCUCUGCGGAUCCGGCUUCCAGUCCAUCGUGAAUGGCUGUCAGGAGAUCGGCCUCCGUGAAUCCGAGGUGGUCAUGUGCGGUGGGGCAGAGAACAUGAGCCAGUCUCCGUACGCCGUGCGAAAUAUCCGCUUCGGAACCAAACUCGGAAUGGACCUCAAGAUGGAAGACACGCUAUGGGCCGGGCUCACGGACUCUCACAUUAAAACGCCAAUGGCCAUCACAGCCGAAAACCUGGGCGAAAAAUAUAAUAUCCGCAGAGAAGAUUGCGACAAGUACGCCUUCCAGUCCCAGCAGAGAUGGAAAGCCGCUCAGGACUCAGGAUACUUUGGGACAGAAAUUGCCCCUAUUGAGCUGAAGUCGAAGAAAGGAACCAUCAAGAUGGACAAAGAUGAGCACCCCAGGCCACAGACCACCUUGGAGCAGAUGGCUAAACUCCCACCUGUGUUCAAGAAGGAGGGUUUGGUCACUGCAGGAAAUGCUUCGGGAAUAUGCGAUGGAGCCGGCGUGGUGAUCAUAGCCAGUGAAGAUGCCACAACCAAGCACAAGCUCACCCCGCUGGCCAGGAUCGUCGCCUACCACGUAUCCGGCUGUGACCCCAAGAUUAUGGGAUUUGGCCCAGUUCCUGCCAUUUCUGAAGCUUUGAAAAAAGCCGGGCUGUCUCUGAAAGACAUGGAUCUGGUAGAGGUAAACGAGGCUUUUGCUCCCCAGUAUCUGGCGGUAGAGAAAGCUUUAGAUCUCGACCCAGCGAAGACGAAUGUGAAUGGAGGAGCCAUUGCCCUGGGGCAUCCCCUGGCUGCGUCUGGAUCGAGAAUAAUAUCUCACCUUACCCAUGAGCUCCGACGCCGUGGCGGUAAAUACGCGGUGGGUUCAGCCUGCAUAGGUGGAGGGCAAGGCAUCGCGAUCAUCAUUGAGAACGUAGCCUAACGCCCUAGGAAACAACUGAACGAGGAAAA